AAUUGAUCUUGUGUAUAUUAUCGACGCAUUUCUCCUUGGUGAUUAUAGUUUACUUCGCCAAACGUCAGCACCCAAACAACAAGCAGCAAAUGCAGCCCAAACCUCCCAGUAUCGCUCCACUACAAUGUAUCAAAGCAUGUUCAAUGCAGUGAGCACUGGUCGUCAAUCUUUGGUCAAUCCAGCUGCUAGCGGUACAUUACAAACCAGUCCACGCAGAAAUCCAGCAACUAUAAGGAAACCAGGAGAAGGCAAUGGAGCACAAAGUUCUGUCCCUCAACAAACACAACUGGCAGCUUUCCGAAAUUUGUCAGAUACAGCCAAUCCAACACACUUCCCUAGGUCUCCAAAUGAAAACCAAUCCACGGCCUCUGAGCAGCAAAACCUUAAACCUGCUACAACUGGAUUUAGUCCAAAUAGAAUGGCUGAUAUAGUCGUUGCUGAUGGCUCUAGUUUUACAA